CGUUGUUUUUUUUAGAGAAGUCAAGAUGGCCUACAACAAUAACAACUCAUAUGAGUUGGGCAACUACAAGUAUUCACUGGGAGAAGAUGACUUUGUUUCGUUCAUGAACGAAAUUCAAGAUAUUAACAAUUCAUUGGAUCAAUAUCAAAAUUUAAUUAAUCUUAUUGCUAACAAGCAAAGAUCAUUGGUACAAGAACUUGACUUGAAUGAAGAAGAUGGAGACUACAACUCGCGUCAAGUCGAUGCUCUUGUUGCCGAGGCUCAAUCCAUGCAAACCGACUUGAAGCAUAGAAUUAAAAAUGUUCAACAACAAGCAGUAAGUUCUCGUGAUCAAGCAAAGAUUGACCAAGCUGAAACUUCAAGAAAAAGAUUUUUGGAUUUAAUUCAAGAAUAUAGAAUGAUUGAGUCUAACAACAGAGAGCAAAACAGACAACAAGCUGAAAGACAAUAUAGAAUUGUUAAGCCAGAUGCUACUAAUGAAGAAGUUAAGGUUGCUCUUGAAGAAGGAGACUCCCUGCAAUAUUUCCAACAAGCAUUGAUGCAAUCCAACAGAAGAGGAGAAGCUAGAACCGUUUUGAAUGAAGUCCAAGCCAGACACCGUGAAUUAUUGAAGUUGGAAAAGACUAUGGCUGAAUUGACUCAAUUAUUCCAUGAUAUGGAAGAAUUGGUUGUUGAACAAGAUCAAGCUAUACAACAAAUUGAUGAACAAGUUGGUAGUGCUCAACAUGAUAUUGAACAAGGUGUUGGUCACACCAACAAGGCUGUUGUUAGUGCCAAGAAGGCCAGAAAGAAGAGAAAGUGGUGUUUCUUCAUUUGUGUUAUUAUUGUUUGUAUUAUUGCAUUAAUUCUUGGUUUAUACUUUGGAUUAAAGAAGUAAUAAAGAUAAAUAUGAUGAACUAUUGAAGAGAAAUAAAAAGAACGAAGGAGAAGGUUAAUAAUUACAGAGAAUUAGAAUUGGAGAAUGAUUUAAUAUAAGAAAAAUAAAAUUGAUUA